CUAUAAUGGAUAUGUUAGUAUUUUGUUUCGUUCCCUUACUAAGAGAAGAUAAAACAUUGAAGGAUACUACUUAGUAGGUAAGCUUAGCAGGAGUUGAGCUUACCUAAACUUCAACACUGUCGUUAUGCUGUCGAACCCACCACUGAUCGAUACACUCAACUGGAACAUAGCCGAUUACAGUUCAUUAAAGGCUCACAUCAAUCCCGUACAAGAUACUAUUCAACGAGUAGACUGGGAUAACAUCUGCCGACUGGCUUCAAGCUUAAAUAAUGGAUUACCUUGCGUGUUUCUCGACAAGACUACUAAUGGGUUAAACAAUCUUGUUCGUUUACUUCAGUUCUCGGACCAGACUCGAUGGAUCGCCCGGAUCAGCUUGCGCAAGUCUACCGGCGACUUAUCCAAGUUGCGUAGCGAGGUAGAUACUAUGCAAUUGAUCAAAGAGCGAUCUGAUCUUCCGGUACCCCGUUUAUUUGCAUAUGAAGUCGACGAGAAAAAUCCUAUCGGUGCCCCUUUCAUCCUGAUGGAAUUCUUGCCUGGGAAUACUGCUAUGGAUUCCGCAGGCGGGUAUGAUGUGCAUAGAGGCCGAAUCCCUUCGGCCUACCGUCAAGGCUUCUAUCGCUCAGUAGCCAAAUGCCACGUGCAAAUGACCGCCUUACGUUUCCCUAAGAUAGGGACCAUCUUUAAAAGGGAAGAUGGUGAAUAUGAUAUUGGCCCAUUUCCAGAUAUCGGCGGGCCGUUCGAUACGGCAACAUCAUUCUUCGAAGCUUGGGCGGAGCACACCAAAUUCCCACUUGGAAAGGAUAAAAUCCUGCUGGGUAUGAGAGGAGGCCCAGCAGAUCAAGUCCUUACAGCCAUCAAGGAGUUCCCUUCUCGAAUUAAGGGAAUGGCCAGCCGAUUAUCGCAUAACGAUCACGGACCCUUCCCACUCUCCCAUGCCGACUUCUUCCAUAGUAAUAUUGUUGUCGAUAAAGAUUUCGAAGUUCUCGGUAUUAUUGAUUGGGAAGGUGCGCACACCUUGCCUUUAGAGCUUAUAACGUUCCCAGAGUUCUUGAAUGCCAUGCCCACCUCGUUCGACUUGCCUGAAAAUUACGACGAAGACGGACAACCGGUAGACGAGGAAGGAAAGGAACGGUGGAAAAGCCGGAAUAACUAUGCGGAGAUGGUCAAAUUAGCAGAAGAUGAGGACAAUGUACUCUCUACCUGCCUUAGCAACGAGAAGGGUUUGGCUCUAGCCUAUUCUUUGACGAGUUAUCAAAAUGGGAAGUUAGGCUUCUAUGAUAAGGUUACAGAUGAGCUAGAUAUGGCAGGGAAAAUCGCGGAUUGAGACUCGACAGUUACGGGCAAGCCAGUAUUAUUCCAUGCGCGUCGCCUUCAAUAUCGGUCUCGGACGGAAAGGCCUUAACUUCAUGAGUCGUAGGCGGCACGAAACUGAAAGUAGCGGUUAUGUCCGCAGCUGGUGAACUCGUCUAGUAGAAUCAGGUAUGCCUACUAGGUAGGUAACUUCCGAUCUCAUAUAUAACAAACUUUGGAGAAUACUUAAUAUGCAGGUGCCUAGGUAGGUACCUAUCUUCAAUCGAUUGUACUAGGUAUGUGCUGCUGAAAACCGCGUUUGGAAGAAGGACAUUUUCAGGCUUGUUAUAGAUAAGAUAACACUGGGCAUGAACCACCCAUGAACUUCGUACAGACAUGCAUGUAUCUAGGUACCUGAGUAGUUUGCGGAAGCAUCAUGCCC